GUGGAUGGCAAAGGUACAGCCUUGAGGAAAUAAUAUUAAAAACAAUACAGAAUCUAAUAGGGCUUUCUCUCUCUCCUCCUUGGUCGCAGGGAGCAACUGAGACUGUUAGAGCACUGUGGACCAGCACCAGAGAAGAGUACUGGAGGACCAGACAACCACUACUACCCCUGAGCCAAGCAUCACCUGGCCAUACACUACCAACAAACACCGUUUGGAGAAGCAGGCUGAGUGUUAAGAUGGCGCUUCUCCUGGCCUUUUCCUCCGUCCUCCUUCUGGUCGGUCCUGCUCUGGCCCAGAGCCCGGACAUGUCCUACGAAGACUAUAUGGCCCAGUUACAGGCCUGUCCCAAAGAGUGCCGCUGCCCGCCCAGCUUCCCCAACGCCGUCUACUGCGACAACAAGGCUCUGAAGCGCAUCCCCACCAUCCCCCCACACACCUGGUACCUGUACCUGCAGAACAACCUCAUCGACGUACUGUCAACAGAUGCUCUCCGCAAUGCCACGCAGCUGCGCUGGAUCAACCUCAACCGCAACCGCAUCACCAGCGAGGGCUUGGAGGAGGGUGCCCUGGCCAACAUGCUCCGCCUGGUCCACCUCUACAUGGAUGACAACCUGCUGAGCUCCGUCCCAGCCAACCUGCCCUCCAGCCUGGAGCAGCUGCGCCUCUCCCGCAACCGCAUCUCCAAGAUCCCCGCCGGGGUGUUCUCAGGUCUGGAUCGGAUGACACUGCUGGAACUGCAGGGGAACAAGCUCCAGGAUGACGCAGUGACUGAGGUGAGCCUCAAGGGCCUGAGCAACCUGGUCCAGAUCAACCUGGCCAAGAACCAGCUUACCACCAUGCCCCUGGGCCUCCCCAUCACCAUCACCCAGCUCUUCCUGGACAACAACGCCAUUGAGAAGAUCCCCGCUGACUACUUCAAGGGUCUACCCAAGGUGGCCUUCCUCAGGCUCAACCGCAACAAGCUGGGAAACGGUGGGCUGCCCAAGAACGUGUUCAACAUGUCCAAUAUCCUGGACCUGCAGUUGUCCCAUAACCAGCUAACUCAGGUUCCUAUGAUCCCCCCAGGCCUGGAACACCUCCACCUGGACCACAACCAGAUUAAGAGUGUGAAUGGAUCUGACAUCUGCCCUGUGUCGGCAGAUGCUCUGGAGGGCUAUGUCACUGAGACCGCUCCUAAACUCCGCUACCUCCGUCUCGAUGGCAAUGAGGUCAAGCCACCAAUACCCAGAGACCUCAUGAUGUGCUUCCGUCUCCUCAGGUCCAUCGUCAUAUAAGAAACACACUUCCACCAGCCAAUCGCAUCUAGCUAUAGUUUCCCGGAUCCAAGGGCAGAUGAUUAUUAACGAAUGGAAGUGACUAUGCUAAUCUAUAUGGAAUUUUGAUCUGUGGACUACUCAUUUGCAUAGUUAUGUUGAGAACUACAUAUUAGACGCCAGGGUUGGGGUCAAACCAAACUCGGUCAAUUUAAGAAUUAAUGCAAUGAAUUGGUCAAUAGAAAAUAAUGGGCCAUUUUCAGUUGUUGAAUUGAGUCUCCUGAAUUGGUAGAAUGGGAAUGGAAUUGACCUCAACCUUGUUGGGUGAAGGUCACCUGACAAUCUGUAGAUAGUGUGAUUGGACUGCACUACUGUCUUUUGACCUAGUUGUGCCUUAUGUUCGUCCUGUAGUCACAAGUGCUUAAUGCAACUGUCUGAGUGUGCUGUUUCAAUACAGCACACUUUGGCCUGAAAGUGGUAGAAAACCUUGAAAUUGUGUUUUUCCAAAACUCUAAAAAAGACAAUAAUUUACGAUGACAAUGUAAUUGGGACAAGAUAAGAGGAAUAUUGUUUAUAAACAGUAUGUAUUUAAGGCAUGUUGAAUCUUCUGAUGACUCAAUGUCCCCAUUCUCUUUCUUUAAAUGGAAGUUCAUCUUUUGUGAAUACCACAAUAAUACUUUUUAAACAUUUUAUACAGCUCCUCUCUGACAGAAUAACUUGAAUUGAUGAUAUUAGACUUGAAACCAAAUUAAAUGCUAAUUAUUUUAUUUUCAAGUUCUCUGUGAAUAGGAAUAUGUUGAGCUAACUUUAGACACAUGCUAGUCCACACAAACAUGCAAUUGUUUGCUCUUUCACAUUUAGCUAAUUUAUUUAAUUGUCUGUUUUUCACUGAAUUCAUUGAAUUCUUGAUCACUGUCUCAAAUGUGAAGUUCCAUUUUGUACUCAAUGGGUCAACCUUGUUUCAGUCAUCUUACGUAUUUCAGAAAUGCCAAAGCAAUUUUGGAAUGCUUACAUUUUGUUAAGAAUAUGUUAAUAAGUUGUGAAUUCCUUAUACAGUCAAUAAUAUAAAUAAAACAUU